AUUGAAGAUGAGCUCAUUAUCAACGUAUCAUUGUUCCAGAAAUAGGCAUUAGUGCAGUAUGGAGAAGUGUAGUAUUUAAGAUGGAGAAUUUCAUUAAAUGCUCCCACAGAUGUCUGCCAAGUCUUCCUUCAGGAUUUUAAAUCUUCUGUCCUUCUGGUGAAAGAGGCAUUUUUUCAGAAUGGUGAGAAGGAAGCUCGUAGAAUCUUGUGUCAAAGCAUUGAACUUCUUUGCUACUGAGAGUCGUGGGGAGUUACAGGACUUCGUCCUUAACAAAUCAAAGAGGAUUGAAGAUGAGCUCAUUAUCAAACUUAAAUCUGCUAUAAUAGAAGUUGCUGAUGGUGAUGGUGAUGAUGAAUACUCACUGCUUGUUGACUUGAACAGGUUGUAUGAACUUCAAUUGUCAAGCAAAUUUCCAUUGAAAGCUUGCAUAAAGAUCUUGCAGAGACUCUCAAAAACUUCAGAAGUAUUGAUGACGAGGUUUGUGUUGUUUUUUCAGAACAAUGGUGGCUGUUUCAGGAAAGCAACCCUUGCAUCCACAGAGCUAGAAGCUUUGGGGUACUCUCCAGAUGAAUCCAUUCUUCAAAAGUUCUGGAAACUUUGUUAACGCCAACUACAUAUUCCAGAUGUUUUUGAAAGCCUUGGAGCAACUUUGAAUGUUGCUAAACCAACAAAAGGUUCA